UUCCACUCGUUAUUCGGCGUCCCUGUGCUCCCCUGCAGAGUCUUAGCGCCUCGCUGUUGAUCAGAGGUCGCGGAUGCAGUUUGCGCCGGAGGCCAGCUGAGACCUCUACCAGUAUCAUUCCUGCCUUCUUGGUUUGCAGGGAUCGCUUCUUUGUCCAGCUGCCUUCUCCACCAGAUUUUUGGCUACUGAUGUUACAAACAAAAUAUUGGAACAUAGAGUUGAGGAAAAUACUUAAACCAGAUUUUUCUUCAGGUAGUUAAAAAUAUGGAUCCUGAAGAAGGGGUACCUCCGACUAUCAAAGUGACACCUCUUCAACAAAUGCUUGCCUCUUGUACUGGAGCUAUACUGACAUCACUAAUGGUGACGCCCCUGGAUGUUGUUAAAAUUCGACUCCAAGCCCAACACAGACCAUUUUUCAAAGGAAAAUGUUUUAUAUAUAGUAACGGACUUAUGGAUCACUUAUGUGUCUGUGAAGAGGAAGGAAAAAAAGCAUGGUAUAAGAAGCCAGGAUUUUUCCAGGGAACAUCGGAUGCCUUUAUGAAAAUCAUUCGAAAUGAGGGGAUUAAAUCCCUGUGGAGUGGCCUUCCCCCUACUUUAGUAAUGGCAGUUCCUGCCACAGUUAUUUAUUUUACCUGCUAUGACCAAUUAACUGCUCUCCUGAGAUCUAAAUUAGGAGAAAAUGAAAGCCGCAUACCAAUUGUUGCUGGAAUUGUGGCCAGAUUUGGUGCAGUAACUGUGAUAAGUCCAUUAGAAUUGAUAAGAACCAACAUGCAAUCUAAGAAGUUUUCUUACAAGGAACUGCAUCAGUUUGUCAGCAAGAAAGUAUCUGAAGAUGGUUGGAUUUCCCUUUGGAGAGGUUGGGCUCCUACUAUUUUUAGAGAUGUACCAUUCUCAGCAAUGUACUGGUAUAACUAUGAAGUUUUAAAGAAAUGGUUGUGUGAGAAGUUAGGUGUAUAUGAACCGACGUUUAUGAUCAACUUCACUUCAGGGGCAUUGUCUGGUUCUUUUGCAGCUGUUGUGACUUUGCCAUUUGAUGUGGUAAAAACACAAAAGCAGACACAACUUUGGAUGUAUGAAUGUUAUAAAAUUCCUGAGCCCACGUCAACCUGGGCUAUAAUGAAGAACAUUGUUGCUAAGAAUGGGUUUUCUGGAUUAUUUACAGGCCUAAUUCCCCGUUUAGUUAAAAUUGCUCCUGCUUGUGCCAUUAUGAUCAGUACAUAUGAACUUGGAAAGGAUUUUUUCCAGAAACAAAAUGCUCAAAGACAGCAAUACUAGUGAUACUGUUUCAGUUGGAUAUAACCACGGCCAAAUAAUAAGAUGGAGACUGCUAGGCUAGAGCCUUUAUGUUAUCUUACAAAGAUUUUGUAUCUUUCCUGCCAAUAAUUGAAAUGAAUUCCUACCUUGAUUCUAAAUCAUAAUUCUUAUUUUUAAAUUAGUUUUGUUAUCCUAAUUUUUGAAAUAUUGGAAGAGAUUUUCCAGAAAUCACAACCAUAGAGCUUUUUAUAAAGAAAAACUAUUGUUCAUACUGGAAGCAAUAAUCUGAGUUAGAUAUUAAAGAAAUAACAUUACCAUUAUUUCUGCAAGAGAGAGUGGUUUUGCUGAUUGUAUUAAAUGUUCACCAAAGUCAAACAUGGGUGUAUAGUGGAAAACAUUGUAUUUAGACUAGUAACAAUAAUGCUUUGGCACAGCCAUGCUGUAAUUCAUGUAUCAGUGUUCAUGGAGCUCUCUAGAUCACUCCUCUAUUUGCUUGUUGUGUUAAAUUUGAUAUUGUUAAUACACUAUCAGUCACAGAAUAUUUCCAAAAUUAUCUUUGAUGAUAUACCCCUAACAUUAGUAUGCUAGAACAAGAGACUAAACGGAGAGCAGUUUUCUUGAAGAAAUAGCUUUUGGUAACUACAGGCUAACGCCUAAGUAAUUUAGCUUAUGAAUGUAAGAAAUGAUAUUCUUUUUUAUAUUUGUUUAAAUGUCUUAGGAUAUACAUACUCUUAAGAAAAAGCACUUUAUUGAAGUCUAUGUGUAUUUUAUGAAAAUGUGAAGCAUUUUUGCCCCUAAAAUAGGUAAUAUAUUUAGGUGAUAAAUCUCUAGUGUUCAUGGAGGAAUUAAUAUAUUUGUAUUAUAGUAGAAAAGAGCUUGAAUGUUCUGAGAAAUAAACUGUAUAGAAUUUGUAUGUAA